CAAAUGUAAAUACUAUAGCUGGUGAAUAGUGUUGUGUGGUGCUAUUACAGCCUUGCCCUUAAUUUUAAUGCAUUUCCGAUAUUGCCCUUGCUUAGCUUUAUUGCAAAUUUUUGCCGUGUGUGCUGAAGCCUACAGCUGUCGUGCGUUCUGUCUUUGCCUGCCAGCUAAGGUGUUGUUGUUCGUUCUGGUUUUGAAGGUUCUUUUUGUUCUUGCUUUGUUAUUUUGCUUUGGGUCUUUCCUGUAGUUGGGUUUGUUGCGUACACUUCUGGGUUGAUGAUGAGGUCUGGAAUGGAUUUCGUACGAUUUGGGUAUGGUUGUUUCUCGCACAGUGGCUGGUAUGUUUUCGUGUUCCUCUGGAUCGUGGUGUAGGUUAUGUUGUCUUUGGUGUAGCCUUUGUGUUACCUUAAUGGAGUCAUUUACUUGGUCGUUACUUCAGUGUCAUAUUUUCUGUAAUUAAAAAAGAUUUUGACAUUGAAUAUGAAUGGAAAAGUCUUGUAGUUCUAGGGUUAUGUAAUUGGGGUGCCAUUGGUUACCGUUGUCUAUAUAUAGAGAGGGGGAGUGUUCCUUUUCUGACCGUGGGCGAUCUGAAUUUCUUCUGGAGGAGUGUAUGUUUAAGAGGUUGUGCUUUGUUAUAGAUGACAUUAUAUUCUGUAUUUGAUCGACUUGCUUUGUGAAUAUGUAGUUUUUUUCGGAUUCCCUGACAAAUUGGGCCUAAGAUUAUCGAAACUUAAUUCAUGGUAAUAUCUUUGCCGGUGUUCUUUUGCUGUUUGACUCCCCGUGAUAAUGGUUUGAUCUUCGUUUUUGUGUUUGCUUCUGGUGUUGGAAGUGGCUCUUUAGUGGUAUAAUUGCUCUGUGGUGUGUAGGAAUUAUUUGAAUCAUUAAAUAGGUCUCUGUGUCCUGAAAUGACCGUAGUAAUUUGAAUACUUUGUGAAGGCAAGAAUUAGUGGGAAUACUUAUUAAUGAACAUAUGGAUUGGUUUAUUCUUACUGUGGUUGUUUGUGGGGUUACAGGUUUGCUGGUUAUGCUAUUUGCGUUGUUGCUGGUCGCAGCUCAUUUUCCUUCUUCAGCUUACAACAUUUUUUAAGAUCCAAGACUUAAAGUUUGCCAUCAACUACGGAUUUGAUUUGCAGAAGGUUACACGAAUUCCUGUUACUUGGCAAAGUAUACAACCAGUUUUGUGGUCGUACUUAUGGAUUGUCACUAUGGCAUACCUCAAUUAUCUCGAAAGUGAUGCAGUAGAUUAAAUAAGGCUUCCCAAAGGACAUCACAGUCAGAAUUUGCUAGCCCGCCUUUACCAGACACCCAGCUUGGUGUUAAAUGUCGUCCACGGACUUGUAUAUCAAAGCGACAGAAAUGUAUACAAGAACUUUCUAUGCCUCAGUUGGAUAGCUGUACUUUUAUGACGGCCAGCAUGAGGUAGAACAUAGGCUGGGUUGUUUUCCUGAGUUAAGAGAAGAUGUGAUCAGUAUUCUAAUGCAGAUACAAGAAUUGUGCUAAAUCAAGCCCCGGUUCUUGAUCAACGCAUCUAUAAUGCUCCUGCUGCUGAUGAUGUUGCUGUCAUCUGGCAAGAGAGUGCUUCAUCUAGCCAAAGCUUGGGCCCUCAUAUAUUAGUGACUGCAACAUCUAAUGAGUCUCACCGAAUCUACCAUAAUUAUGGUUGCUAUGAUCCGCUCCAAUGUCCUUUGUUAUUUCCUCGGGGAGAAUGUGGCUGGACUCAGGGGCUUAAAAAGAAUUCUCAUCCAAGUCGGACAGCAACAGAUACAAUUCCAGAUCCUAUUAUGUCUUGCGCUGUCCAUACAGCAGCUGAAUUAUUAAAUCAGGAAGAAUCCCGUUCAAAGAGGAAGAAUACUAAAGCAGACAAGUUUAUCUCUGCUAGGGAGUAUUAUGCGUACAGAUUGCAGAUCAGGCCUUAUAAUAUGCUGCUGCGAGCAGGAAGGUGUUUCCAACAGUACAUUGUCGAUAUGUAUGUGAAGAUUGAAAAUACAAGGCUUGAUUACUUUAGAAACAAUCAGGACACAAUAAGAGCCGAUUUGUAUAAAGGUAUUUUGGAUUCACUGGAUACCGGGGAGACUCUUGGGGAAAAUGUUGGUCGUAGAGUUAUUUUGCCUCCUACUUGUAUUGGUGGUCCUCGUGAUAUGAAGAAGCGUUAUUUAAAUGCUAUGGCUUUAGUCCAGAGAUUUGGCAAGCCAGAUCUUUUUGUAACAAUUACAUGUAAUGCUAAUUAGCCUGAAAUAAAGGCUGAGCUUGGUGCUGGUGAAAAUGCACAGGAUAAACCCGAUUUGGUUGCAAGGAUUUUUAGAGCAAAGCUACUUGCACUGAAAAAAGAGAUUAUGGAGAAAAACGUAUUUGGGGAAGUUGCUGCCAUGAUCUAUGUAAUCGAGUUUCAGGAAAGAGGGCUCCCACAUGCUCAUUUCCUGAUUAUUCUGAAACCCGAAUACAAGCUCAAAUCUCCUGCUGACUAUGAUAGAUUUGUUUGUGCUGAAAUUCCUACUGAGACUAAUCUCCGUUUAAGAAGAAUUGUAUUGGCGCAUAUGAUGCAUGGCCCUUGUGGUAUACUGAAUCCAGAGUGUCCUUGCAUGCGCAAAAAUGGACUUAGGCGUACCUGUAAAAACAAGUAUCCUAAGCAGUUCUGCAGCGAAACAACAAAUAAUAAGGAUGGUUAUCCUAUGUAUCGCUGAAGAGAAACUGGAGAAAAGGUUAGUAUAAGAAAUGCAGAGCUAGACAAUCAGUGGGUUAUUCCCUACAAUCCUUAUCUUUCUAUGCUGUUUGAUUGCCAUUUGAAUGUCGAGGUAUGUUCGACUAUUAAAGCAGUCAAGUAUUUAUACAAGUAUGUAUACAAAGGUCAUGAUAGAAUUUCAUACAAUGUUGUGGAUUCUAAUAGCAAACCUGUUGAUGAAAUUCACCAGUAUCAAUCAGGAAGAUGGGUAUCUCCUUGUGAAGCUGCAUGGAGGAUAUUCAGUUUUGAUCUGUUUGACAUGUAUCCUUCCGUUUUGCCUUUACAAGUGCAUUUACCUAACAUUCAGACUGUUCGAGUUCAUCCUCAUGAAAGGUUACAGUCUGUUGUUUCAGAUGGUAAACGAUCAAGAACUCAGCUAACUGAAUUUUUUGCCAUGAAUGCUGCUUCUGAACAUGGCUUAGGAUAUCUGUAUGGUGAAUUUUGCGAGCACUACACGUGGCAUCAAAGUAAUAAGAUUUGGAAACAAAGAGUUCAGAACAGGAUUUCAGUUGGGCGGUUAGCGUUUGUCUUUCCUGCAGAAGGUGAGAGGUUCUUCCUUAGAUUGCUAUUGUUGAAUGUAAGGAGCCCUACGUCAUUUGAAGAUUUACGCACUGUGAAUGGUUGUGUGUAUCCAACUUUUCAAGAAGCUGCUCUAAAGCGGGGUCUUAUUGAAGCUGAUGAUACAACUAAUUCGACAAUGGCUGAAGCAUGCGAUACUCAUAUGCCUGUUGCUUUACGUCGCCUUUUUGCAACGGUUCUGAUGUUCUGUCAGCCAAGAGAUCCUGCUGUUCUCUGGAAUACCUAUUAUUCCUUCCUUGCUGAAGAUUUCUCUCAUAGGUUUCCAAAUCAGACGGUGAAGAUACAGCAACUCACUGUUAGAGCUGUUGAGCAGCACCUUGAAGGCAUGGGAAGAUCUCUUGCUUUUUUUGGACUAAAACACUUAACAUUAGAAGUUAGUGAUGAAUUUAGCCGUACAAAAGAUAUCAUAGAUGCUCUUGAUGCACCGAUCCCAGAGGAAUGCUUAGGUUGUCGGUCAAAGCUAAAUGCUGCACAGAAUGUAGCCUUUGAAUGCAUAAUGGAACAUGUGCUGCAGCAGAAAGGUGGCGCUUUCUUUAUUGAUGGCCCUGGAGGGACAGGCAAGACCUUCUUGUACAAUGCUCUAUAUGAAAAAAUACGGCAGAUGAACAAAAUUGUAUUGCCUACAGCUACAUCAGGAAUUGCUGCAGCAAACAUUCCUUCGGGUAGAACUGCACAUUCCCGAUUUAAGAUUCCAGUUGACCAUGAGGGGUCAUUAGUGUGUGAUGUUCCUUAACAGGGUAGUUUAGCAGCAUUGUUGAAGGAAACUACAUUGAUAAUAUAGGAUGAAGCUUCUAUGGCUAGAAAGGAAAAUCUAGAGUCUUUAGAUCUUUUAUUACAGGAUAUAUGUGGGAAUAAGGUGGUCUUUGGAGGGAAGGUUGUUGUAUUUGGCGGAGAUUUCAGGCAGGUUCUGCCAGUCGUUCCUCGGAAGACUAUGAAAGAAGCAGUUCAAGCAAGUAUCGUUACUUCUUAUCUGUGGCCUAAGUUCAGGAAAUUUAGACUAACAGAAAAUAUUAGAGCGAGGGAAGAUCCAGUGUGUGCUGAUUUUUUGCUUCGGUUAGGUAAUGGUGAAUUACAGCGAACAGAAAAUGCUUUGGUCAAUUUGCCAGAACAGAUUGUACAGUGCACUGAAAGCAUUCCAGACUUAGUGCCUACUGUUACUAUAACAACAUUCCCAGAAAUUGGUAAUGUCUCCUUUGACAAUGAGGUUUUCACUAAAAAGGCAAUCUUGACACCCCUGAAUGAUGACGUGGAUUGUAUAAAUACAUUCAUGAUUGAGAAGUUUCCUGGACAAGCUGUUACGCACAAGAGUUUUGAUGCAAUCCUGAACGAUACAUGCAACAUAUACCCUACUGAAUUUAUUAACAAGCUUUGCCCUGGUGGAAUGAGUCCACAUGAGCUUGUGUUAAAAGAGAACUGCCCUGUUAUACUGCUGAGGAACUUGCUGCCCUCAUCAGGGUUAUGCAAUGGUACCAGGUUAAUCUGUAAAAAGUUUUAUCCGAAUGUAAUCCAGUGUACGAUACCAGUUGUUCAUUACAAGGGCAAAGAAGUAUUCAUACACAGGAUAAAUUUAAGACCUUCUAAAUCUGUGAACUACCCGUUUAUGUUUGAACGGAAACAAUUUCCUGUAAAAUUAAGCUUUGCAAUGACUAUUAACAAGUCUCAAGGGCAAACUCUCAACCAAGUAUCUGUCUAUCUUCCACGUUCAUGCUUUUCUCAUGGGCAGCUUUAUGUUGCAUUAUCAAGAGCCAAGAAAUCGAAAGAUAUUUCUGUUUUUACCACACGUGAUACAGAUCAGCACUCUGCUAAUAGUGUUAAGAAUGUAGUGUCAUUUGAGCUUCUACUUCUAGCAGGCAUUAUUCCAGCAGAUACAGUAUAGUGUGGUUUUUGUAUUGUCUUGCCCUGGUGUAAAAGAAGAUAUCCUUCGGCAGUUACAUACAGUGUCCAACACUAUGACAAGUAUAGUCUGCUCAGUGCAGGAUUUGACUGUAGAGCCACUAUUAAGGAGGAUGGUAUGAUCCUAAUAAGGUUUGAAGGUGUAAGUGGAAGUCCGAUAGUUACCGGAAUUUGCAUUCACAAAACACCAAAAUUGGCAGGUGAAACAUGAAGUAUUUAGAUGUCAGAAUUGUGCAGCUGAAAUAGAAGUUCUAGCUCAGGAAAAGGACUUACGACCUAAAUCGACAGCUAAGUAUGAGAAAAAGAUAGAAGAAUUAAGUAAGCAGUGUCAGCGAAAAACAGAUGAAUGCUAUCAAGCUUGAAUGUCAUUGACAGCAGCAAACGAGCAGGUGGAAAAGGUUAGAAUGGAGCUUGACAACAGAGUGUUCAAGUCUUAUUUUCUAGACCAGACUGUGGAGAAAAAGGCUGAAAAUUUAAAAGGCCAUAUCUAGCAUCUGUGAGCAGGAUAAGAAGUUCUGGAUGACAGCAAUAUCUGGUUUAAAAGAAAAAAUGAAGAAUAUAAAGGAAGAACAUUCUCAGCUUGCCCAUGAUGCACAUGAAACUGCUGAUUCAAUUCCCGAGUUAUCCAAUAUGGUUUCAGCAAUUCAGAUGCUAGGUAGGAAGACACAGAAUUAUUCUGCUAUUUGUAGAUGUUAAGAGAUUGCAUUCAAUUUUUCUGCAGUUGCUCAGUGUGAGGAAUUCAAAUAGAAGUAUAUUGAAGAACAGAAGAAGAUAAAGAAGCUUUUUAAUGAAGUUCAGGAGGCCAAAAGCAUGUGUUUUUUAUAUUGCAGUUUGAAGCUUAUUCAGUAAUGGAGAAACCCUGAUAUAACCACCAUACAGAUUUCCCAAGAUAAAAAUUUGAAAUGAAGAUUCUGAUUAUCACUCUUAAUUUCAGGGAAUAUCAGGGUCUUCUGUCGUUGCACAGGUUAGAGAUAAAGCAAGCUUCUGAAGGCUCGCACCACGUUCCUAGACUUGUUGCACAAAAAGUGGAGAAUACAAAACAAAUGUGAGAAGUAAUGCGGGUUGGGAGUAAUACAAGGGCUGUUGGGUCUAAUAAUGUGAAUGAGCAUAGCAGCCAUCCUCACUAGUUAGUCAAAUUCUGUAAAUUGUUUAUCCCUUUUGUCUUCGGGUGUUUUGCCUUCAGUUAGGUUUCCUCGUCACAGUGAGCAAUGUAGGUUAGUUAUUUCGGUUACAUUGCACAGGUAAUUCAGUAUAGCUAUAACAACCCUUCUGUUAUGAUUAUGCAAUGUUUGGUCACCAGAAUAUACUUGGUUUCGUUUUAAGACUAGAAUAGUCCAUUAUGGCUUAGUAGUAUUGCCUUUGCAGUUGCACUACAGAUUUUCCUCGUCUUAGGUAUGCUAUACUUGUGAUACACUCUUUAUAGUAGCUUAGAAGUAUCUGUUCGAAUACUAUACUCGCAUAUAAGAUUUCAUUUUUUUUCCAUUUAGUAUGCAUAGAGUAAAAUAAUUUGUUGCUUAGAAUAGAUUAAGCAAGUCACAAAAAAUGGUAGCAACCGCAAGUAACGUAGCCCGUAGGUUCGGGAGAACUAGAGUAGUAAAUUCUUGUGCCUUUUAAAUUUUUAAUAAAGUUUGUAUUGUAUUUUAAACUGAAUAUGUUUUGGGCUUUAUUAUUGUAGCCCAUACAAUUAGAAUUACAAACUUUGCAUACUUAGUUACUCUUUAUAAAUGAAAUAUGAGUAUAGCUCAUUUGCAUAGAUACAAGAGAAGAAGUACAAGUCAAAGGCACUAUUCAUAGUAAACAAGGCUAUAAAAUAUCAGUUUUGUACUUUCUCUUUAUUUUAGCCACAAAAAAAAAUUCUGACUGCCCAUUUAAGUGCCUAGGUGUUUUGUUAGCCAUAAUAAUUACUUAAUUUAAACUUAUUGUAGAAGGAAAAAAGUACAACUCAGAUUAUUAUGCUUGCUAGCUGUAAUUAUACUUGAGGAAAAAGAAAGUUAACUGUGACCAAACGGUUACUGUUAAGAAAAGGGUUUUUUUAACUUGCUUACCUACUUUUUCACCCUAUAAAUACCAAAUUAGUUCAGCCCUUUUGAAGCAUCAAAUUAUUCUCUAGGCUUUCUUCCUUAGCUGUGGUAUAUUCUCCUUUUUCCCUCGGUUUUUUUUUUAGGGUUUUCACUUGAAAGAAUGAAUCCUUACACUGUAGUUCCUGUUCAUACAAAUACAGCAGAAUCUCUAUAGAUACAUAUUGCCUUAUUAAAACUGUAGCUGAGACUCUUGUUUAUUUAAUUUCUAUAUAUAAGCUUUCAUUUUAGUGUAUUAUGUUUGUCAUGCUUAUUGCUGCUUUUUACAUAGACCCUUUAAAAUUUAUCCCUACAAGUCUAUGAUUUUAUGUUCAUUUGUACAUCCUUUAUUUCCCUUUUAUUGUUUGGAUGUUUUGCCAUUGAAUUGUUUAAAGUAAAUCCUAGGUAGAAAAAUGAAUCAGUAAAAAUGGUUGAUUAUAAUAGUGCACCUCACACGAUUAUGCAUGUAUACAUACAGUAUACUCUGUACAUGCAAAUAUAUACUGCUUUAGGGCUACAUUUUUCUUAUUAAGAUCGAAAUUUUACAAUCACUUUAGAUGUAUGCUUCAUGCUAUAGCUUGCUAAUGUAUACAUGCUUACUAUUUUA